GACUAUUCAAAGAGGAAAUUAUAUGAUGGUCAUAUUAUUUCAGGUUCCAGCCAAACCAAACUACAGUUUGGUUUUUUACUUUGGUGCUGACCGGCCUAUAAGGAAAGAAUCUUUAUUGGGUAGAUUUGUGGAUGGGACUGAUAUAUUCCGGAAUGCAAGAUUUAAACUUAUCCCAAGUAUUGUAGAGGGAUAUUGGAUGGUCAAGCGUGCAGUUGGUACAAAAGCUUGCCUGUUGGGGAAAGCAGUUACAUGCAAGUACCUCAGACAAGAUAAUUUUCUGGAGAUUGAUGUGGAUAUUGGCUCGUCAUCUGUUGCAAGGAGUAUAAUUGGCUUGGUCCUUGGAUACAUUACAAGCAUAGUAGUUGAUCUUGGAAUUUUACUUGAGGCAUCUCAAUAAGGAUCUAGACCGUGAUCUGGUGUACUUUGAUCAUAGAUAUGGACGUAUUGAAGGUUUUCGUGAUGCUGAUUGGCUGGAUCUCCUGUUGAUAGAUGGUCAACUACUGGUUAUUGAUAUUUGUUGGAGGAAAUCUUGUGUCUUGAAAGAGCAAGAAAUAGACUGUGGUGUCAAGUGCGAAGCUGACUAUCGAGGCAUGGCACAUGUCGCAUGCAAGUUAAUGUGGGUAAAGCAACUAUUGACAGAGCUUGGGUUUUCCCAUAUGUCUCCCAUGCAGUUGUGGUGAUAAACAAGCUACUAUUCAUGUUGCGUUGAAUCUUGUGUUUCACGAGAGAACGAAACACAUUGAGUUAGAUUGCCACGUUUUUUCGGAAAAAGCUGUAACAAGGGAUUAUUUCUACAGGUUACAUUCGGAUAUGGGAACAACUUGUAGAUUUGUUUACUAAGAGAAUUGAUUACAUUUGUAACAAACUGGACAUGAUUAAUAUCUAUGCUCCAGCUUGAGGGGGAGUGUUAUAAGUUAGCAAUUAGGGGGUUCAUAGCACUGUUCAAGUAAACAGUGUCGUUAACAGUAUUCACAGGUAUUGUUCAUGUGAGCAGUAACUUUAUUAUUUUCCUUUUUAUGCCUUUCAUGCCCUUGUCAGGGUGUUGUCGUGAUUUUAUAUUGACUGAAGUGAGAAUCUCAACCCUAAGGUUGUGACGCCCAAGAGUUACA